GCACGUGACGCCGCACUCAGCAGUCUCCCUCCCUCCCGUCGCUUCUUCAUCACCACCAUCCAUCCACCCUUAAAUCUUUCUCCACCCACAGCAGAUCUUUUAUCAGUCAGUCACCUACCAGCGAAUAUAUCCUCCAACGACUACUUUUUUCCCGCUACGGAUACUCUCUGCCUUGUUUUCCGAAGCAUCGGUGCUACAUGACGACGUCGAUUGGAGCUGCCAACGCCGCCAUCGUUAAGGAUCCCAGCCUCCAGAUUGCCAGGAGCUUCAAUGGCUUGAAGGCCGCCUCCAAUUCGCUUUUGCUCGCCAAACGCCCCCAGGUUUCUCGGGGCUCCUCCGCCGCCGCCACCGCCUCUUUCAUCAGAGCCGUCUCUACGCCUGUGAGACCAGAUACCUCUGUUGUGCAAAAGCGCAGUAAGGUCGAAAUCAUCAAGGAGCAUAGUAACUUCAUAAGAUAUCCUCUCAAUGAGGAGUUAUUAACUGAUGCCCCCAAUAUUAAUGAGGCUGCUACGCAGUUGAUUAAGUUCCACGGUAGUUAUCAACAGUACAACAGAGAUGAACGUGGUGCCAAGUCUUACUCGUUUAUGCUUCGUACAAAGAAUCCUUGUGGAAAGGUUUCAAACAAACUGUACCUCGUCAUGGAUGAUCUAGCUGAUCAGUUUGGGAUUGGAACCCUUCGUUUGACAACUAGGCAAACAUUUCAGCUCCAUGGUGUCUUAAAGAAAGACCUUAAGACAGUGAUGAGUUCUAUCAUUAACAGCAUGGGCUCUACACUUGGUGCAUGCGGUGAUCUCAACAGAAACGUUCUUGCUCCAGCAGCACCAUUCCACCAGAAAGAUUAUUUGUUUGCCCAGAAAACUGCAGAGAAUAUUGCUGCACUCUUAACUCCUCAGUCGGGUUUUUACUAUGACAUGUGGGUGGAUGGAGAAAGAGUUAUGUCCGCAGAACCUCCUGAAGUAGUGGAGGCCCGCAAUGAUAAUUCUCAUGGCACAAAUUUUCCUGAUUCACCGGAGCCCAUUUAUGGAACUCAGUUCUUGCCAAGGAAGUUCAAAAUUGCAGUCACUGUGCCAACGGACAACUCAGUGGAUGUUUUUACAAAUGAUAUUGGCGUAGUUGUUGUGUCUGAUGCCGAUGGGGAGCCUCAGGGCUUUAACUUAUACGUUGGUGGUGGGAUGGGAAGAACACACAGGUUGGAGAGCACUUUCCCUAGGCUGGCAGAACCAUUGGGUUAUGUUCCAAAAGAAGACAUUUUAUAUGCUGUGAAGGCUAUUGUUGUAACACAAAGAGAAAAUGGUCGAAGAGAUGAUCGUAAAUACAGUAGAAUGAAAUACUUACUCAGCUCAUGGGGAAUUGACAAAUUCAGAUCUGUUGUUGAACAGUACUAUGGAAAGAAGUUUGAGUCUUGCCGUGAUUUACCUGAAUGGGAAUUUAAAAGUUACUUGGGAUGGCACGAGCAGGGAGAUGGUGCAUUAUUUUGUGGUCUUCAUGUCGAUAAUGGCCGAAUCAAAGGGACAAUGAAGAAGACUUUAAGGGAAGUAAUUGAGAAGUAUAAUCUGAAUGUGCGCAUUACACCAAACCAGAAUAUUAUCUUGUGUGAUAUCCGGCAAGCAUGGAAGCGCCCCAUAACUACAGCCCUUGCUCAGGGUGGUUUGCUGCAACCAAGGUACGUAGAUCCUCUCAAUGUAACAGCGAUGGCUUGCCCAGCAUUGCCACUUUGCCCCUUGGCAAUUGCAGAAGCUGAGCGUGGAAUACCUGACAUCCUUAAGCGAGUUCGAGCCGUAUUUGAGAAGGUUGGUCUCAAGUACAACGAAUCUGUGGUGAUAAGAGUAACUGGUUGUCCCAAUGGGUGCGCUAGACCAUACAUGGCUGAACUUGGCCUGGUUGGCGAUGGUCCAAAUAGUUAUCAGAUUUGGCUCGGUGGAACACCCAACCAAACAUCACUUGCAAAAACUUUUAAGGACAAGGUUAAGAUUCAAGACCUUGAGAAAGUUCUCGAACCUUUGUUUUAUCACUGGAAACGCAAGCGGCUCUCUAAAGAAUCAUUCGGCGACUUCACAAACCGCGUGGGCCACGAGAAACUACUGGAGCUAGUCGAUAAAUGGGAAGGAAUACCAUUAGCUCCAGCACGUUAUAACUUGAAACUUUUUGCUGACAAGGAGACUUAUGAAAGCGUCGAUAAUCUAGCAAGACUCCAAGACAAGAGCGCACAUGAAUUGGCUAUGGAGAUCAUCCGCAACUACGUGGCCUCCCAUCAAAAUGGGAAAAUCGAGUGAGCCACCACAGAAGUUUAAUUUACUCUUACUGACCCGCCCCAAAUGUGAAUCUCUGGAGUCACUGUUACUCGUCGGUGACAGCUGAUGCAAGCAGAGGACACCAUUCAAGAGUAUGUAGGAGACCUCAGUGUCAUGUUCAGUUUUCUUCAGUUGUGUGCAAUUGUUGCUCCGUUAUGUAUUAGCUAGACGGUUUUUGUUCUUAAUUUCCUUUACGGAGUUGGUAUUCGCGAGCUAGUUUUCCACAUCUGUUAUGUAAGAGAAUCAGCAGAUGUAUUUUCUUUUACAAUUUUGUCAAACAUGCAAGCUUGUGUAUUCUUCUUUCCAUGGAAGAGCUGAGCUUCAACUUAUUUUA